GGCCUCAUAAAAUUAACGAUAAUAAAAUAAAACCAUUUUUUUUUAUGUCGCACACAACUAUCAAUUGAGAACGGGUGUGUUAUGAGGGGCCAUAAAGUAGUUAUACCGGAAAGGUUGCGGGGGAAAGUGUUGUCUGAAUUACAUACCUCUCACUUAGGUAUCGUUAAAACUAAAGCGGAGGCACGUUCAAGGUUAUGGUUUCCCGGUAUAGAUGAGGCGAUAGAAAAAAUGAUAGGUUCGUGCGACGUUUGCAUUCAAUUACGCCCAUCUCCGGCGCGGGUGCCAUUAGCACAUUGGGACCUACCCCCCACGGUAUUUUUUAGGCUCCACAUUGAUUUUCUGGGUCCCAUAAAUAACCACACAUAUUUAAUCGUUGUGGAUGCAUAUUCCAAAUGGGUGGAGGUCUAUGAUAUGGGAAGCUCGACAUCAUCAAUUUCGGUCAUAGAUAAAUUAUGUGAUUUUUUUUCAAGGUUCGGAUUACCUGCGGUAAUCGUAAGUGAUAACGGUGCAUCUUUUUGUUCGCACGAAUUUACCGCCUUUUGUAACUUAAACGGUAUACAACACAUGACGUCACCGGCAUACCACCCGGCCAGUAAUGGCCAGGCGGAAAGUAUGGUCAAAGUUAUUAAAAAAGGAAUCAAAUCGAGUUUACUAACAGGUCGUAAUGUACGGGAUAGUAAGGUUAAACUAUUACAGUACUUGUUCAAUUACAGGAACUCCGUUCAUUCUACCACCGGCUCUUCACCAACUGAACUAGUGUAUGGUCGCAAACUAAAAACGCGUUUAGAUUUACUGCACCCGGUUACGCCAACGCCCUCAUCCUUAUCGGUCACCCUUGCUAAUGUUGUCAAAAAUAAACAGUGUUCGCAGAAUAACAAGUUGAAUAGGAAGAACAAUGAAACCUUUACAACCGGUGAACGCGUUCUAUACAAAAAAUUCACUAAUAAAAACAAGUUCACUUGGUCGAAAGGUGUAGUUGAAAGAAGACUAGGUAAAGUUUUAUACUUAAUAAAAGACAUUACUUCUUCAGUGUUUAUUAAAAAACAUAAAAAUCAUAUACUUAAGUACAAAGGUACAGAAAGUAACUGGGACUAUUGUGACGCACUGGAUUGUGACUUACCUGAGACAUCCUUACCCUCUGCACUUCAAACGCCGCCGCCGCCACCGCCGCCGCCGCAAACGCUGCCGCCGCCGCCGCCACUCACGUUUUUGAGAUACUUCGUCGUGCUCGAAAAACUCAUGUGCUUCACUCUUCACUAA